AUGAGACCGACGGGACGAGAGAAGGUGGCUUAUUCUUACGCCGGCACGGCCACAACAUACGCAGUAGAACAAAGCUGGUGCGGAUCGCUAGUCAUCAAUAAAUUAUUAUCGAUAUCGGGCGGGCGUCCGCGAGCUUUCAGCGCCCCCCACCAAAGCGCGGGCGGGCGGCGCGCGCGCCUUGGUCGCCAGUCCCAACGCGGCGCACAGAGCGGCGAGAUGUCUCCCCUGUGGAUAGUGCUGGCCCUACUCCCCGUAUUCGGGGCAGCCGAGAGAUUCAACUGCCGCGGUCGCAUCUUAGGGGCGUACUACGCCGAUGCGAAAUCCGGCUGCAAGGCGUUCCACGUGUGCGUGCGGGUCGCCGGCGGCGGCAUCAGGGACUUCCGGUUCUACUGUCCACCCGGUACCCUUUUCCACCAGGAGGCGCAGACGUGCACCGACUGGGGCGAUGACGACCCCCUCGCCUGCCCGGCCGACAUCUACGACGGUCAGUUCGAUCUCUACAAGAUCGGAUCCGGUUUCGACACCAAGAAAUUGUCAUCCAAUAACCGCGAUGACGAGGCGGAAUUCGGUUUGCAGCGAGCCGAGACAGGCGAUCGCCGUUUGUCGCAAAACAACGGCGCAUCAAGCUCGGGGGCGUCCGACCUUCGGGCCGCACACUCCUCAGACUUUUUCAGCGGUCAGAGAGAUCGCGGCCGUGACGACACAGGGCCGUCCGCGCCCCAAGCCCAGCAACCAGCGCCCGCGUCUUCUUCUAGACAAUCUUUCAGACGAAUCGCCACUGCUCGCCCUACAACCACUACUGUACAGUACACGACAUACAACCCGCCAUCUUCAUCGUAUUCAUCCACAUCCUCAAAGCCCAAUCGCUACGAUCAAGCGCCGAAGCGAAAACUAGCCAGGAAGCGUCCUAUCUACACAACCUCGCCAGCGCCACAAACGUUGGCACCAAACACACUUAUACCACAGGUGUAUUCUGAACCACCACAGAAUUUCAAUCGGAGGAUCCCUUUGCAAAAUACGCAGAAUACUAUCUCGACACCAAGUAUACCUCCGCAGUACAAAGAUGAGUACGUGGAAGUAAGUCGUGUGACACCGAAACCGAAUAGAUAUUACCCUAAUAGCCCGUCCCCCACUCCGUUUGUACCGCCUUCGACAGAGCAACCAUAUAAGAAAAAUGGUCUCGCUGAGAUAUAUAAUUACGAUGCACAGUCCACGCCGGGAUUCAACGGACAAAACGAAAACCGUCCUUUCAAACUUCGUAACAGUUUCAGCGUAGCCCAAGACGUGCCCGUAGAAAAUGAUUUCUUACGAACCCAGAUAUACAAUAAUAACGGUGAAAGAGGUAUUCAAAAUACUAAAGACUAUACAACCACAAUACGUUAUAUCUCUACAACACCGGCUUACAAAAAUGCUAAUAGCAUCUCCUAUGAACAAGAAAAAAACAGUUACAAUCAAUUUUCCAGUUCGAAGCAAAAUUACUACAACAAUCCCACCACUACAUUUGCGCCUACCACGACCACGUACACAACGACUUCACGAUACGAACCACCUCAGAGCCUCAACACGAUAGCAUACAACACGAACAAUGCAUUCGCCCAAACAUCCAACUUUGCGGACAGCGGCGAAGAUGAUGGACAAUACCGCCCACCGGAGGGCGAGGACGAUGGACAAUACAGACCAGAGCUUUAUGAGCGUGAACUUCUUUCUGGUGCUCACUCUCUCAACAUUGCAGCCAGUGGCAACAGGCUCAUCGAGGAUCAAAAGGAGCAAAGUAAAAACCAAGCCGCGCGAAAACCCGCUGCUAAAACCUCACGGCCGCGGCCUUUUAGACCGGCCCCGACUCCACUGGCACCCACGCACUCAACGCGCGCACCGGAAGUAACUUAUCCGGAAACGACUAAGCCCGUUUCGGAUAACACUAAGCGGACCUUCGACUACUACCAGACGUACACGACUACCUCGAGGCCUCUUGAAUCUUCCGGAGCUGGAAAUAAUGCGCACGAGAUUGUUCCAGUGAGAAUCACCAGCACAUCUGCACCAAGGGUGUACGAACCGCAGCGGAGUCAAAGUCGUGAAACUCCACCACCAGUUCCAUCCUCGCCCGCUCCUAAUGCGAAGCCUCGGCCACAGCACCAUGCAAAACCAGUGAACAACAAGGAAGACACAAGCUACGAUUACGCAUACUACGAUUCUGAUAACGGCUUCUCGGAAUAUGACCACAUAGAAGAAUUUGGUAGAACUAACACUAAAACG